AUGACACUUGAAGAAAAAAGUAGUACCGUGAUUGCGGCGGUCAAUCAGCCUGCCGUUUUAUCCGAUAGUCGUGAUCAGAUAAUAAACGACAUGAAGGAACAGAAAAGGACCGAUCCUGUUGCUGUUUUGUAUCCAGUACGGUCCAAUGAUUCCAGUGCAAGUUCUAGUCGGAAAAGCGGCUCUGAUGCUCGAAACAUGGAUGAUACGAUAAAGGACAUCAAACCGAAUAAUCCUGCAAGCAACCCUGUCUGUAAGAACUGUUAUACGUCAACUACACCGCUCUGGCGUAGGGAUGAGCAUGGGUCUGUCUUGUGUAAUGCAUGUGGUCUAUUUUUGAAGUUGCACGGGAGACCAAGACCUAUCAGUUUGAAGACUGACGUUAUCAAAUCCCGUAAUCGGAAGUCAUCUCAUCACGAUAGUCCGAACGACAAGAAGAGGAAAGACCCCGCUUUGCUAACACCGAACAGUUCUACAAAGAAGAAAAAAAACAAUGCUUACAAUAUGAAUAAUGACAUUGUUACACAGAAUGACAAUGCACAUCAAAACCACCAAGCUCAGACUUCUCAGCAAUUUCCGCAGCCAUUAACACCCCAGGUCAGUUGGCAAAGUCAAAAUGUUGAGCUCUCUGAGGAUAUGAAGUUCCAUAAAAUCCUGCCAAAGAAUAACCAGGGCAAAGGCAACCCACUGCCACAUCUAUCCAACAUUCUGUCCGUUUCUAGCGCUACUCCCAUGACAGGUGACUUCCCAACUCCAAAUUCCCCUAGAUUAUCACAUUUACACAGACCACCGCCACAUCUAGCCACCAUCAAUGAGAUCUUAUCGAAUAGCAACGCUCAACAUAUGUCUCAGACUUCACCUCCGGCGCAGUUUAGUCAAUCAACAGUUGGGAAACCAUUAGACAAUUCGAGCUCUAAUCAUCAGCAACAACAAGGCACUCAACUUCCAAGCAUCAUGAGUAACCAUUCUCAACAGUCAUUACAAAACACUGCCGUACUACCUCCUGCUCAGCUGCCGCUGCAACAGCAACCACAACCUCAACUAUCUCAACCAUUACUGAUGCAACAGGAAAGUAAAUCUUCAUAUUUUUCUACGUCUCCUCCCCCGCUAGAACUGCAGCACACUGUCGCUCACAGUACGUCUUCAUCAUCAAGUAACCUGCAUUUUAAUUCACAAUCUCAACAACAAUCAGUUCGCCAACAACCACAACAAAAUCAACGCCCACAAGAAUCAGCUGCGUCGAACCAAUGUACGCAAUCGAGCGCUAAUGUUACCUUGUCAAAUGAUAUACUGAAUAAUUCACAUCCUCCAACCUCGCCGGUAAUAAAGGAAGAAUCUAAACCCUCCGUAUCUUUGAUUCUGCAAUCUCAAGAAGAAGUAAUAAAACUGAAAACAAGAAUUAGCGAACUAGAACUAGUUACAGAUCUCUACAAACGACAUGUCUUUGAACUCGAUUCGAGAUGUAAGGCAUUAGAACAAGAACUCCUAUCAGUUCAUCGGCAACAACAAAAACAGUGA